AAAUCCGUGAUUUUGAUAAUGAUUUGGUUUGGUGUUGAUUUUCAUAAUUUUAUUUCGUUUUCGUACAAUGGCAAUGUUUAAUGUGGACUAGUCAAGUGACCCAACUUUGUUCUUAUUUUUGAUGCGAUAUUUUUCUCACUGUCCUUUUGUGUGUUUUUGACUCGGUCGGUGCUAAAACUAGUACUCUUCAAUAUUAUUUUGACUUUUUCACUUCAUCACAACAAUGGUUGAGGCUAGUAAAUAUUGGUUUGAAAAGGCCUGUAGUGAUAGUAAGUGCCACGAACUAAUCCACCCAUGGACCUACAAAUGCGGGGAUGCUACAGUAACGAUGUUAUUAAGUAACAUAAAGGGAAGCUAUAAGUUUUAUGCCAUGGUCUACCUUAUUCAAAUAUUGAUGAGAGGGAAGAAACUCAGCAAGGAAGACAUGAUACAGCAAUUCAAACUGUACAUAAAGUCGGGGAUAUUUGGACUGACGGUGGGCAGCGCAUUUGUCACCCUCAACUGUAUAUUCAGGAAGCUAUUCUUCAGCAAGUUCACGUAUUACAACACGGUGCUGCUGCCGUGCACCAUCAGCGGGCUGGCCGUGUACUUCGAGCCGCCGCACCGGAGGAUACUCGUUGUCAACCUGUUUGUUAAUUUGGUAUUCGAAUACUGGCUCCGCACGCUCGAGAUGAAGGGCUGGUUGCGGCGCUCGGCCGGGCGGGAGACGCUCCUCUUCAUGCUCGGCAGCGCCAGCUUCUUCUACCUCAUGCGGAAGGAGAAGGAGAACCCCAAGCGGACGCCGAUAUUCUGGUUCUUCUCUCCGCCCCGUGUCUGCAAAGAAGUCGGCGAGCCAGUGCAAGGCUUCGAGGGGCGCAGCGCCGCCUGCCCGCACUCCGGGCCUUGCGCGCAGUACAUCUUGAAGGGAGCAGGCAAGCUGUUUGGAGUGGGCGUGGUGAUGACGACAUUACGUACUAUCCUGCCGCGUAUUCUGACGCCGGUCAAGGCAAUGAAGGCGAUGCGCCUGUCGCACUUGAAGCUGGGACUGUUCUUCGGAGGGUACAUCGGGAUUUAUAGGCUAGUAGUAUGCCUACUUUGCCGUGCGCACGGCAAAGACAGUGCACUAUACGCGCUGCCGGCGGGCUUCCUGGCCGGCACUGCUUUCCGGUUCUCUCCCUCUACGCCCAUUGCACUGGCGCCCUUCACUUCCACGCUGCAGAUCCUCUUCAGCUGGCUGUACGCCCGAGGAGUGAUCCCCCCUCGCCUGCCUCUAGUGGAGCUGCUGUACUGCGCGUGCCAGGGGCUGCUGUUCCACGCGCGCGUCAUGCACGAGGACGCGUGCCCCAAGUACAUCGUCAACCUGAUGCACACCGUCACGCAGGCCAAAGCUGACGAAGUCCAAGCAGCUUUCAUCCAAAAGGUGCUGCGAUGCGUCUGAGCGGGUGUCAACUAGAUAAGUGCAAUAAUUAAUAGUAGUUUUCUUAAAAUAAUGAUUAUUAUCUGCAGUGGUAAUCGUAAGUGACUUCCUUAUUUAAGUGCAAAUCUGUGAUUAUUAUUUUAGCAUAUCAUUAUCAUGGUACAGGGUUUUGUUGGAAGAUACCUAUAUGUUUAAAAAGGGGAUAAGUUAUAUUUCAGUUAAUAUCUUCACCAAUUAUUUUUUGAACAAUUUAAUUAUUUAUUUAGUGCAGGUUUUUAAAAUUAAUAAAAUGCGAUAUCCGUUACGAAUAGUUAAGAACAGAUAAGUUAUGGUAUAGGCAAUGGGUAGAUUAGAUUACAGUGUUGCUCCAAUAUUUUUGUAAACACCGCCUUAUAACAUAGCAUCAU